AUGACCCUACACAGAUGGACCCUGGCUUUCUGCUUCUCACUGGUCUCAGACGUUUGCAAGACUUUUGGCAGCGGGGUUAUGCAGCCUUUCAACGGUUCAGGUUUCCAUGUGCGAUCAAACUGCCCGUUCACCCUCACCCGCUUCACUCACAACCGGGUUGAAUAUGACAUCACCACACGGCGAGGCAACAGCGGGCUGCUGACCCAACUCGAGAUCACCGUCAACAAAAUCAGGACGAUCGUGCAGGGUGGAAGCAUCGAGGUGGAGAAGAAAAGUAUUUCCCUUCCAUACGACCACACCUACCAGCAUAUUUUUCAGUACGGUACCUACAUUAAACUAAGGAGCUCACUGGUGCCUUUCUCUGUCACCUGGCACAAUGUAUCUGGAGGAAUAGACUUUGUGGAGCUGGAGCUGGAGAAGGAGGUGAACAUUGACAUGACUGGACUGUGUGGUAAACUGAAUGUUCCAGGCAACAAGCAGCAGUUGAUUGCGGAGAGCGUGCUCACUGAGGACACAUGUCAAACCCGAGAUCCUGUCUCUGCUGUGAAUCCACCAUGCAGACAGUUCUUUUCCUACACCUUGGAUUGUCUGCAAGUCAGGAUUCCACAUUAUAUCGAACUCUGUGAAGAGAACAUUCACAGUUUUGAAAGCAGCAAAGACAUCAGCUGUGCUUUCUUCAAAGAAGUUGUCCAGGAGUGUGGAAAUAACAGCUACAUCUGGAACGUAUGGAGAAUUGUAACCAGCUGUGCUCCACCGAGUUGUCCAGGAGACCUGGUUUUUGUGGAACAGGGCCCUGCCUUUGUCCCCAGCUGCUCAAACCCCAACCCCAGAUUCUCCAACCAGGACCUCACAAGCUCCUGUGUCUGCCCAGAGGGCACGGUGGUUAAUGACCAAGCAGAGGGCAUCCACUGUGUGAAAGAGUCCAAAUGCCCCUGUGUGUUCGCUGGGAGAAGCUACAGCACCGGACACAUACGUAGCACCAAGUGUCAGUCGUGUGUGUGUGAGGGUGGGAAGUGGCAAUGCUCUGAAAACUCCUGCCCAGCCAGAUGUCUCAUGGAAGGACAGUUUGUGACAACAUUCGAUGGCAAACAAUAUGUCGUCCCUGGUAAAUGCACAUAUGUGGUAUCACAGGGUUACAACUGGACAAUAAUUGUUCAGUUUUCGGAACAAAGGGUAUCCCUGCAAACAGCUGUCCUGCAGCUUUUUCAGGACACGUAUACAUUCUCAUACAACCGUGUUAAAGUGGGAGAGAAGGAGAUAACUGAACUUCAUCAGUCUGAUCACGCCCUGGUUUUCUGGCAGUCCUCCAUGUACAUCCAAGUCCAGACAUCCUUUGGUAUGAACAUCCAAGUCCAGAUGUCUCCUGAAAUUCAGCUCUACAUCACCUUACCCAAAAACCACACUGGUGUUAUAUCAGGUCUUUGUGGCAACAGCAACAAUGACACCACCGAUGACUUCACCACCAGCAGCGGUAUCAUCGAAAACUCACCUCAAGCUUUCGCUCUGUCCUGGAGUGCUGGCACUUGUGUAGUGAACAUACCCCCCAUCUGCAGCAGCACAGACAGUGAAAUAUUUGCAGAUGAAGGGUGUUCUGUUUUGAAUGAAGCAACUGGGAUAUUUGCUAUGUGCCACAGUCAUAUCCCAACUGAUCAUUUCCACACCGCUUGCAUCCAAAGAAUCUGUAACUGUGGCAACAAUCUGCAGCAGUGCUUAUGUGUUGCUCUGGGCAGCUACGCCAAAGCCUGCGCCAGUCUGGGUGUCGCAGUUGGCGACUGGAGGAAAGCGACCAACUGCACUCUGAAUUGUCAAAAGAACCAAGAGUUCUCCUACGACGUGCGGGCCUGCAACCACACAUGCCGUUUACUGUCUGGCCCUGACCCUCGUUGUUGGUUGGAUGAUGCUCCUCUGGAGGGCUGUGGUUGUCCUGAAGGAACUCACCUGAACCAAGGAUACGUAUGCACCCCGAAGGCAGAGUGUGUCUGUCACCACUAUGGCGGUACAACGCCGCCGGGGCCGGUUGUUAUUGACGGAAGACAAUGCCUCUGUGAGAAUGGAGAACUGCACUGCUCCAAGGAUUGUGGUUGCAGAAAUGGGAAGGUUUGUGUUCACUGCUCAGAGUACCCAGUGAACACAGCUCAGAAAACCUGUGACAGUCUCAGCAAACCACUGGGUUCCAGUUUGACCUGUGAGAGUGGCUGUCACUGUCCACAUGACCAGUAUGAGGAUCAUCAUGGAAACUGUGUUUCUCUAGACAACUGCACCUGUGUGUACAGUGGCAAAAUGUUCAGUUCAGGACAGCAUGUCAAAACCAACUGUAAAACAUGUGUUUGUGGUCAAGGUCAGUGGCACUGCAACGACGAGCCAUGUACUGGGAAGUGCCAAGUGUACGGAAAUGGGCAUUACCAGACAUUUGACUCUAAAUGGUACCGCUUUAAUGGACACUGCCAGUACACACUGGUAGAGGAUUACUGCGGAAAUGAAAACGGCUCCUUCUCUGUCAGAGUGGAAAGUGUACCCUGCUGUGAUGAAGCACUGACCUGCUCUCGCUCCAUCGUCCUGGAUCUGCAGGGCACAGUCACCCUGACACUGAGCGAUAUGAGGGUGACCAGACGUCUCCAAAAAGGCUGGACUCUGCAAGCGGAAUCAUUUUACACCACUCACACUGUGGGACUCUACAUCGUAAUAUCUGUGCCGAGCAGAGGCAUAACGCUCAUCUGGGACAAACACACCAGGAUCACCGUAGAGCUGCAUCCAAACUGGAGAAACCGAGUGUGUGGCCUCUGUGGGAAUUUUGAUUCCAGUGAGAUGAAUGACCUACAGAUAAGUGGCUCAGCAGUGGUGUCUAGUCCGAUGGCCUUCGGCAACCACUGGAAGGCCACCUCACCUCCUUGUUCUGAUGUUACCACUGAGAUAUUUCCAUGUGAACGCAACUCCUACUGCUCAGCUUGGGCUCAGCGGCGCUGUAUGAUCAUUACAGCAGACACCUUCAAAGACUGCCAUCUAAAAGUGGACCCAGAGCCCUACUACCAUGCCUGUGUGCAAGAGUCCUGCUCCUGUGAGUUUGAGGGGAAGUUUCUGGGCUUCUGCACAGCUGUGGCAGCAUACGCAGAGGCCUGCAGCGAGCAGAACGUGUGUGUCAAAUGGAGGACACCUGAUUUGUGCCCGGUCUACUGUGACUACUACAACGAGCAGGGCCAGUGUAGCUGGCACUAUGAAGCCUGUGGUGAGGUGCUCACCUGCGGCAAAGGCCACUAUUUCACGGACAAACUGGAAGGCUGCUACCCCAGAUGUCCAAAAGAUGCACCGUUCUAUGAUGAAAAUACCGGUGAAUGCACCAAAUUGAGGAACUGCACAUGUUUUUUCAACGACACUAUCAUUCAGCCUGGGGCAGUGGUGAUGAUAGAGUCUAUUGAGUGCGGUUGUGAAAAUGGAGCAAUUACCUGUCCUACUUUACCCACAACAAUAUCACCCACCACCUCUACCUCAAGCAUUCCGACUAGAUCUGCUUCAACCACAAGGGAAACAACUGUGGUUUCUACAACACCAACAACUACAACCUCAUCAACUACCACGAAAACAUGGACACCAACAUCAUCAACAACACCUACACCAAAUACAACCUCCUCAACUACCACUGUAACAUUGACAACAACGUCAUCAACCACCCCUGCACCAACUACAACCUCCUCAACUACCACUGAAACAUUGACAACAAUGCCUAUAACAACACCUACACCUACUACCACUUCCUUAACUACCACUGAAACAUUGACAACAAUGCCUACAACAACACCUACACCAACUACAACUGCCUUAACAACCACUGAAACAUUGACAACAACGUCAUCAACCAACCCUACAACAACUACAACAGCCUCAACUACCACUGUAACAUUGACAACAACGUCAUCAACCACCCCUGCACCAACUACAACCUCCUCAACUACCACUGAAACAUUGACAACAAUGCCUAUAACAACACCUACACCUACUACCACUUCCUUAACUACCACUGAAACAUUGACAACAAUGCCUACAACAACACCUACACCAACUACAACUGCCUUAACAACCACUGAAACAUUGACAACAACGUCAUCAACCAACCCUACAACAACUACAACAGCCUCAACUACCACUGAACCAUUGACAACAACAUCAUCAGCAACCCCUACACCAAAUACAACUUCCUUAACCACCACUGACACAUUGACAACAACGCCUUCAACAACACCUACACCAAUUACAACAGCCUCAACUACCACUGAACCAUUGACAACAACAUCAUCAGCAACCCCUACACCAAAUACAACUUCCUUAACCACCACUGACACAUUGACAACAACGCCUUCAACAACACCUACACCAACUACAACAGCCUCCACUACCACUAAACUAUUGACAACAUCAUCAACCACCCCUGCAUCAUCUGAAACCUCUUCAGCUACCACUGAAGCAUUGACAACAAUGCCUAUAACAACACCUACACCAACUACAACUUCCUUAACUACCACUGAAACAUUGACAACAACGCCUUCAACAACACCUACACUAACUACAACAGCCUCAACUAACACUGAAUCAUUGACAACAAUGUCAUCAACCACCCCUACACCAAUUACAACAGCCUCAACUACCACUGAACCAUUGACAACAACAUCAUCAGCAACCCCUACACCAAAUACAACUUCCUUAACCACCACUGACACAUUGACAACAAUGCCUUCAACAACACCUACACCAACUACAACAGCCUCCACUACCACUAAACUAUUGACAACAUCAUCAACCACCCCUGCAUCAUCUGAAACCUCUUCAGCUACCACUGAAGCAUUGACAACAAUGCCUAUAACAACACCUACACCAACUACAACUUCCUUAACUACCACUGAAACACUGACAACAACGCCUUCAACAACACCUACACCACCUACAACAGCCUCCACUACCACUAAACCAUUGACAAUGUCAUCAACUACCCCUGCACCAACUACAACCUCAUCCUCUCCCACUGAAACAUGGACGACAACAUCAUCAACCACCCCUACGUCAACUUCAACUUCCCCAACUACCACUGAAACCUUGACAACAACGUCAUCAACCACCAUUGUAACCCCAGUGACCUCUUCAGGAGUUCCUAACACAACAGCAGUCACUACAGCAGUUGUCUGCAUUGACUGUACCGACCUCAAAAGGAAGAAAACCUGGGCUUGCGGUGAGACGUGGACAGAGGACUGUUUCCACAGGACCUGUAAUAAUGGCAAGAUAGAGUUGACCCCGGUGGUUUGUCCAGAGCCUACAGCUCUCAUCUGCCCCAGAGGUCAAGUCACAAAAGUCUCAGACGGAUGCUGCGAAACAUGGAAAUGUGACUGUCGCUGUGAGCUAUAUGGGGACCCCCACUACAUCUCCUUUGCAGGUGUACCCUUCGAUUUCCUUGACGAAUGCACCUACAUCCUGGUGGAGGAGCAGUCACCACAACAUUAUCUGUCCAUUGCUGUGGACAACUUCUACUGUGUUCCAGGCCUCCAUGGGUCCUGUGCUAAAGGCAUCAUCCUCAAAUAUCAAGACAAUGUGGCUACACUUAGUAAAGUCCCAGACUUGAAUGCAGUAAAGGCCACUCUGAACAAUGUGACCAUACAGCCACCAUACGAGGAGCAGGGUUUGAGGUUUGAAACCACAGGGUACGCUGUGUCAAUCUAUCUCCCUGAGGUUCGCUCUUAUGUCUCCCUCAGUCCGUCUUAUACCUUGGUGGUCAAUCUGGCCUUGGAACAUUUCCUCAAUAACACCCAGGGACAAUGUGGUGUAUGUGGUGGUGGAUCAUGUAUCCGCAGAGGAGGGCAGAUCGAGGACAACAAUUGCUGUGAUAAGACGGCGUAUGACUGGGUGUUUGCAGACCCUGUGAACUCAGCAUGUGUUUCUCGGGACGUACCCUGUAAUCGCGGGCCAACUUCUGUAACCCCCACCAGCUGCCCUCCGAGGUCACAAUGUGAGCUGCUAGACCACCCAGUCUUUCAGAACUGCAGGACAUAUGUCAAUCUGCAACUUAAAAAGAAGAACUGUGAGUUUGAUUCAUGCGGGAACACAGGCAGUCCUUGCUCUUCACUCGAGCAAACUGCUGAGGAAUGCAAGAAAGCCGGUAUCUGCAUUGACUGGAGAAAACUGACUAAUGGAACCUGUGAUGUGCCAUGUCCAAAAGGAUUGGUUUACAGAGAAUGUCAUGACAAGCUGGAUGACUUCUGCUAUGGAGGAGUACGAUAUCCAGGAGCCCCCCUCGAAAAAAAUACCAUGGGUUGUUUCUGUCCCAGUGGCUACUUCAGGGCAGGAAAUCACUCAAUCAACUGUGUGUCUGACUGUCAAUAUUGUAAAGGACCUCUCGGAGAGCCCAAACUGCCUGGUGAGGUGUGGCAGUCCAACUGUCACCUGUGUUCAUGUAACAACCAGACUCGGACAGAGGAGUGUUUUCUAAAAUCACCCAAGUUGGCUCUCUGUGACAAUUGUGGUCCUGAGAAGAAUUGCAGUUACAAUGAAAAGACAUACAAGGUGGGAGUCACAUGGAAAGACGCUGCCUAUCCCUGCAUGUCAUUCAGCUGUAGCAUAGAGGGCAUUCAGACUGAGAGGAGAAUCUGUCCAAAAGAAAACUGUCCUGAGGGCGACAGAGUUUGGGACGACCAGCACUGCUGCUUUACAUGUAACCAGAGUUGUGCUCCUAAGAUGUCCAGCUUCAACAUCACCAUCGAAAACUGUACCACGGUCAUAGAGAUGCCUGUGUGCCAGGGCCUGUGUGUGUCUCAGCCCAGGGUGGUGCUUCACGGUGACCUUCAGGUGGAGCAUGAUAGCCGAUGCUGUCGGGAGCAGAGCACAGAGAGGAGAUCAUUAACCCUGCAGUGCCUCGGCCUCACCACCAGACGCUUCCGCUACAAGCAUAUCACCAGCUGUGAGUGUAGAGCCUGAAGUAUACUGUACUGAGGAGGACAGGCAGCACACACCCAAACCAGGAGUAAAUCAUUAUGGAAAAUAUCCAUUAGG